UUUUUUUGGGUUUUUGUUAAUCUUUAUUUUUAUUGGUUUUUGUUAAUCUUUAUAAGAUUUGACUAAAAAAAAUUUAAACCAUAUUUUUCGUCUUGAUAGAAAUUUUAAAAGUAUAGUUCAAGUUGAAAAGAAAUCAUAAUAAGACAACGGAAGAGACCAUUUUUAUUUUUAUUUUUGGCUUUUUGGGUCAUUUUUGUCGCCUUAUAUGAUAUUAUUCAACUUUGGUUCAUGUUUUUAUACCUUUUCAAAUCCCCUCAUCGAGACGGAAAACAUGGUGUAAAAAUUUGACUUGAAUGUUGUAGAAGAUUAAGAGUAAGAAACCAAAGACCGUGCUAAAAAACCCUUGAAAAGACCCUUGAAAAGUUAGGCCAGGCUCACCAGAGUUGCAACUUUUUAGUGUUAGUGCUAUGAGAAAACCCAAUCACAAAAUGCAACCGAAGGGUGUGUGUGUGUGUGUGUGUUUAUUUAUUUAAUUAUAGAAAAACUAGUUACUUUGUGUACGUCCUUAUCUAAGGAUGGGUUUAAGUAGAUUAUUACAAGUUUGUAACCUGAAAUUUUGCGAAAUAACAAAAUUACCAAACCCCCAAAAUUAGGCUUAGAGAGAUGACUCCAAUCCAUGCAUCAAACACCGGUCAAAGUGAUAUAUUUAACUGUCUCCUCCUUUGUAUUCGCUGGUCAAUGUUUUCCUAUGGAGAGGACUCUCUCUUCCUCCCCAUUUCUCUCUGCAUCUUCCUCACGUUGAUGCCAGCCCUUCCCUCGUCGUCCUAUCUUCGGGCGGCGGGCGGAAUACUCCCCAAUCACCACCACUGCUCCCGCCGCUAGGCCGUUGCUGUUGCCGUUGUCGACACCACCACCACCAAACAUUACCAAUGGCUCAUUUAAAGCCGUUCCAGCUCUUAGAAAUAAACAUCAUAUCAGCCCAAGAAUUGGAGCCCGUGUCACGAAACAUGCGGACAUACGCGACCGCAUGGGUGCACCCCAAGCGCAAGCUCUCCACGAGCGUGGAUUCCCAAGGCCGCCACAGCCCCACGUGGAACGACAAGUUCGUGUUCCGGGUCGACGAGGAGUUCCUCCGCACGGACACGUCCGCGGUCAUGAUUGAGAUCUACGCCGUACACUGGCUCCGUGACACCCUGGUGGGCACGGUGCGCGUUCUCGUGGGGAAUCUUGUCCCCCCUCCAACCCGUCCCCAUCUCGCCAACCACCAUCAUUUCGGGAUGCGCUUUGUCGCGCUUCAGGUCCGCCGCCCAUCAGGUCGUCCCCAGGGGAUACUGAACAUUGGCGUGGCGGUCCUUGAUAGCUCGAUGCGGAGCAUGCCUCUGUACACCCAGCUCAGCGCAUCAGCCGUUGGCUACCGGGACUUGAUGGACGACGAUCACCUGAACAAUCACGGUCACCAGGGCACCACCGCCCAGAUCGGCAGUAGCAUCACAAACGUGAAGCCGAUUUUGCGUCGAUCUAAAAGCGAACGGAGCGAGCGCGUUACCUUUGACGACAUUUCGACUGCGAAUGGGUCCAUUCUCGCGAUCAAGGGAAAGGCUAGUUCACUGCUUUCAGAUUCCACCAUUAACCCAUCAUCAAAGGGAAAGAGCAAGAAAGGCAAGGCAAGCUCUGUAAUUAGUGGUGCAGAACUAAGGGAAAAACCAAAAGAGAGAAGCAAGAAAGGAAAGGCUAGCUCAGUUAUUGGUUCAAUUAUUAGCAGAGACUCGAACAAGGCAAAUGCCAAAACUGAAAACCCAAAUCCUGAUCCACCCAAAGAAAAGAAAACAAUUCCCAUUGAAAAACCCAAACCAGUUGAGCCCAAAAUCAGCAAUAAGCAGGGUGAUGAAAAGAUCCCAAGUAAAGAGGUCCCAACCAUAACAGUAAUUGGAAAACCCAUUUCGAAAUUCAAUGGGUUUGAGUAUGGGGGCCCAAAAGGGUCCUCCAUAGUGAAUGGAAAGUACAUUUACGGAGGCCCGGUGCCCGCGAAGGCCCAUUCUUUUUGGUCCGAUUCGGAGGUGGGCCCGUCGCCGUCGGAAGUGGCGGCGGUGAUGGCGGCAAGGGAGAGGCACCCGAUAGACGACAACCAGAGCUCGGUGUUGGACGGGUGGAGCUUAGACGAGAGCGUGGAAGGGCUCCGGUCGAAGCUUGAGCGUUGGCGGACGGAGUUGCCGCCUCUCUAUGAUCGGAGCGGGUUUGGCAGCAGCAGUUACCGAUCGACUAGUCAGCACGUGCGGAGGCAUAGCGACGACGGAGGCAUGGGCCUCUUUUCGUGCUUUGGAAACAUAUAUGGGUAUGAGUGCCAAUGCAUUUGUGGGAAGCCUCCGGACGGGAGGAGAAGCCUCAGCGGCCGGUUUCAAAGCCCGUCGGCUAGUGCGGGCCGGUCCUUCGUUUGAGCAAGGCCCAAGCCCAAUAACUCUACUUAGCCCUAUCCAUUGGCAUGCCCUUGAAUGGAAUAUUGACAUGGUUGUGAGACAAGUGACUAGAAAAUGUGGGGAAAAUGGUCAAGUUUGAGAAUUGGGUAAAUGAUAGCAUGAACAGAGGGAGCUCAAAAUCUGAGGGCUAGGGGCCACAAUAGACAUUGGUGAUCAUUCAAGUAAGUGUGGUGUCAAUUCUUCCCCCUUCUUUUUUUUCUCUUGUUAUUCCUUUUUUUCGCCUUUUUUGCGUUGAAUCUGUAUACGUUUGAGAGCACAAGAGUGAUAUAUAAAUUAUAAGCAAAGAGAAAAGGUGUAUAGUUGCUGUUUGCAGAAUCUCAAGACUUUCCUUCUUUAUUUGUUUGAAGAUAUUGAUGAUGUUUUUUUCUUAAGAUUUUGAGCUAGGGUUGUUUA